AUGCCGAAGUAUAACUGCUGUGUUCCUGGAUGUACUAAUAGUCAUAGAGAUAAGCCUUCAGGAUUCAAGUUUUAUUGCAUACCGAAAGACACAGAGUUACGAAAAACAUACGAUAUUAUCCUUCGAAAUGCAACACUCAAGAUUGACUCACCAAGCACAAGAAUAUGCGCCGAUCACUGGGAAAACGGUAAAAAAUUAAGUAGAUCUCGCUUGCCAUCUUUAUUUCCAUGGAGCAAACAAAAAGAGGAAAGGAGAAAAAUUGUUAAAGCUAGCCAGGAAGAAAUAGAGAAACAUUCAAAGAAGAGAAAGGUGUCAAGUGAACCUGAACCUGUGGUCUGCAUGGAGGUCGAACCUACUGAAACACUUAAUUCCAAACUGUGGCUGAAGUUUCAACUCAGACAGAUUUUCUGUGGUUUGGUAGAAGAAAGCUCAAAUGUCUGUGAUGAGAGUACUGGAAAUCCUGAACCAGUUACCAAGAUUGGAAGGCCAAGAUCAUUAACUGCAUUUCAAGAAUAG